CUGAUUCUUUUUGAGAAAUGGUCGGCGGGUCGUUUGGUCGUUUUAUGAACUUCACCGGUCUCUCCGAGUCCCAAUCGUCCCCCGGCAGAAAAGAAAAUCACUGCCAGUUGCGGACAAUCGCCCGAUAUACAGUACGUGAUUUCCUGGCGAGUUUGACAGAACCUCCUCUUCCUUGUUCAACAUAUCGCCCGCUUCCAGUCUCGUGUGGAGGUUCGAAUGGUUGGUUGGUCGUCCGAUUGCCAACUCCACACCCCUGGGGUUCCGGCAGGGUUCCGGCAGGGUUCCGGGUUCCGGAAGACUCGCAGGUGAAACUGGGUGGGGAAGCGAGAAAGUCAUUGGCUCCCGACACCCGCGUUUUGUAUGAUGCCGAGGCCGCUCACUUUGCGCGUCCAACUGAGCAUGGACGGAAGGGCGAAGGAAGCAGGGGAAACGACGACCAAGUCGAAAUCCAUCCACCGAGCAGACAACACGUUCUCAACAUCCAUCCAUCCAUCCAUCCGUCCAUCUAUCCAUCCAUCCGUCGCUCUCCACCAACGUCGCAAGCUCCUUCCACAGCAAAACUCUAUCGACAUGGCCGAACCACAGGAUGAUCUGAUCGACUACGACAGUGACGAGGGUGAGACUACCACCGCGGCACCCGCUGCCAACGGAAAAGACUCUUUGGCUCCUGCGACAUCCGACGAGAAGGAGACAAAGAAGGGUUCCUACGUGGGUAUCCACGCAACCGGUUUCCGUGAUUUCCUCCUCAAGCCAGAACUGUUGCGUGCGAUCGUUGAUUGCGGUUUCGAACAUCCCUCUGAAGUUCAACAAGAAUGUAUCCCACAAGCGAUUCUCGGCAUGGACGUUCUCUGCCAGGCCAAAUCCGGAAUGGGUAAAACCGCAGUUUUCGUCCUUGCUUCUUUGCAGCAACUGGAGGCCAACGCCAGUGGAGAGCCAUCGGUCAUCAUUCUGUGUCACACCCGUGAGCUCGCAUAUCAAAUCAAAAACGAGUUUACUCGAUUCUCAAAGUACAUGCCCGAAAUCAAGACGGCGGUGUUUUACGGUGGAAGCACAGUGAAGAGCAAUGCCGAGACGCUGAAGACAGAGAAGCCCCAGAUCAUUGUCGGCACACCCGGACGUGUUCUCGGUCUCAUCCGUGAUAAGAUUUUGAACCUUAAGAACAUCAAGCACUUCAUCCUCGACGAGUGUGACAAGAUGCUGGAGGCACUAGACAUGCGUAGGGAUGUGCAAGAAAUCUUUAGGUCGACGCCUCACCACAAACAAGUCAUGAUGUACAGUGCAACGUUGAGCAAAGAGAUGCGACCCGUCUGCAAGAAGUUCAUGCAAAAUCCCCUCGAAAUCUACGUCGAUGACGAAACCAAGCUCACUCUGCACGGUCUUCAGCAAUAUUACGUUAAGCUCACGGAGAACGAGAAGAACAGGAAGUUGAACGAGCUACUCGACUCCCUGGAGUUCAACCAAACGAGCGUAUCGCGAGGUACAAGAGCUUCAAGGAGUUCAACAAGCGUAUCAUGGUCGCUACCGACAUCUUUGGACGAGGUCGGACGUGCCGGACGUUUCGGAACCAAAGGUUUGGCAGUCACGUUCUCGUCCUCGGAAGAAGACGCAAAGACGUUGAACGACGUCCAAGGACGGUUCGAAGUGAACAUCAGCGAGUUGCCCGACCAUAUCGACGUGUCUACCUACAUGGCUUCCUAAAUAAGGCCCUCAAUCGAAUAAGCGAAAGUCUCGCCUCUACGUUAGAGUAACAGCAGAGGAAAGGACGAGGAAGGCAAA